ACCCCUCCACACAAAAAAUAAAAUAAAUAAAGUUAUAGUCGACUUCAAUUAUAUAAGUACCUGAAAAAAGUCUGCAAAGGGACUCAUAAAGGAUUGAAACAUGCUUAAUUAGUUCUUGCUCAACCAAUUUAAUUUGUUAGAGGUACUAUGGAGGAAAUUCCAGCGGUUGAUGGAAUUCGAGCAACUUCAUUUAGGAUCAGUGAUUAUCCAACCCCAUCACCAUCCGCUAUUACCGCUACUUCUACUCCUCAAAAAUUCUUAAAAUGCUUUAUAAGCGUACAUUUCGUGCAAAAGUUGAUAGCAGAGUUUGUGGGAACGUACAUGUUGAUAUUUGCUGGUUGUGCUGCUAUAAUUUUGAAUAUAAACAAGGACAACGUUGUCACACUACCUGGAAUCGCGUCUGUUUGGGGACUUGUUGUCAUGGUUUUGGUUUACUCUGUUGGACAUGUCUCUGGUGCACACUUUAACCCUGCUGUUACCAUUGCAUUUGCCACUAGCAAAAGGUUCCCAUGGAAUCAGGUUCCGGCCUAUGUUUUUGUUCAAGUCGUAGGAUCCACUCUCGCGAGUGGAUCCCUACGACUGAUAUUCAAUGGAAAAGAAGACCAAUUUGUAGGAACAGUUCCAGCAGGAACAAAUUUGCAAGCUUUGGUACUUGAGUUUAUAACCACAUUUUACCUCAUGUUUGUCAUCGCUGCUGUUGCUACUGAUGAUCGAGCUAUGAAACAUUUAUCUGGGGUUGCAAUUGGUGCUACUGUUUCACUUGAUAUAUUGUUCUCCGGGCCACUAACAGGGGCAUCAAUGAACCCAGCAAGAAGUUUGGGACCAGCAAUUGUUACAGGUCACUAUAAAGGGCUAUGGAUUUACAUUAUUGGCCCAACUUGGGGGGCCAUAUUUGGUGCUUGGACUUAUAAUCUUAUGAGACAAACAAAUAAGUCAUGGGGUGAAGCUGUGAAAGAGACGCAAAGCGCUAUAGAAGUGUCCUCCAAAGACAAGGUAAUAUGCAAUUGUGGUGAAGGUUGGUCAUGCAUUGUAUCCAAGACUGAUGAAGCAGAAGUUGGAAACAUCUUCUUUGAAUGUGCUGAAGGUUGCCUUUGUAUUGUUGAUGAAACAAACACUCUAAAUAAGCAUGUAUAUGUAUAUGAACAGACAAAAGGAAGAAAGAAUUACAAAAUGUAUAUUUAAAGGCAUCAAAGGACCAUCAUUGUAACAUUGGCUUAAUGGAAAAUAUGAUUGCAUAUUUGCAUCAUGUGAUGUAAAUUUGGCGUGUACAAGA